CAGCCAUAAUUGAUUUAUACCUGUGUUGUGAUUUUGUUGUGGUCGACUUUUCGUCUGAAUCCUGAGUCCUGUGAGGUUUCUACGUCGUGAAAAUUCAAUCAGAUGCGUGCUAUUCGCUCUUAGAAUUCAACUACCGUCACUUUCUACUCCAUCCAUCGUCCAUUAAAAGUUGUGGAGAAUGUAUAUCAAACCGGGAAUUUCUCGUGAUGACGAAUACGAUUAUCUGUUCAAAGUGGUUUUGAUCGGUGAUUCUGGUGUAGGCAAAUCCAAUCUGCUUGCAAGAUUCACUAGGAAUGAAUUCAACUUGGAGUCUAAAUCAACCAUUGGAGUUGAAUUUGCAACCCGUAGUAUUCAAGUUGACAACAAAACAAUAAAAGCCCAGAUAUGGGACACGGCCGGACAGGAACGUUACAGGGCUAUCACAUCUGCCUACUACAGAGGAGCAGUUGGUGCUCUGUUGGUCUACGAUAUUGCCAAGCAUCUAACCUAUGAAAAUGUGGAACGGUGGCUAAAAGAAUUGAAGGACCACGCUGAUCAAAAUAUCGUCAUUAUGUUACUCGGAAAUAAAUCAGAUUUAAGGCAUCUACGCGCCGUCCCCACUGACGAAGCAAAAAGCUUUGCAGAACGCAACGGUCUUUCAUUUAUAGAAACAUCAGCGUUAGAUUCAACAAAUGUUGAAACAGCCUUCCAAAACAUCCUAACAGAAAUCUAUAGAAUCGUAUCUCAAAAACAGAUGCACGACCCUCCAGAAGGAGACACAAUCCGCCCGCAAAACGUCGAAGCAAUCGAUGUGAAACCCACAGUCAACACAGAUAGCGUCCGCAAGUGUUGCCAAUAGCGUGUAACCUGUCUGUACAGAACUAAUCUCUCGCUAAUCUAGGACAUUGAACUAUUUGAAAUUGACCAUCGCUUUCGAGGAGCUACAUCCUGUAUAAACACUUCCACAACCCCAAUCCCACAGAUCUUUAACUUCUUGCAUUUUUAAAGGUGAAUAAGAUCAACUUAAAUGAUCAUUACAAUAUCGCACCAUCGCUCACUGUCAUCCUUUAUCAGGACCUGCUUUUGAGCCGCCCGCUGAAAACUAUGAGACGAGGUACAGUAUCGCAGCAUUCGCUCACGUUACUCUUCUCAAAUGAAUCGUUGGGGGACUUCUGGUAUAUAUUAUAUUUAUAAUUGUACGUUUGUAAAAUCUUUUCCAAUAUUAACUAUAUUGUGUAGAAUUUAUAUUGUUAUUCUUUUAUUUUUAUAGUUUUAUAUAUAUAUAUGAGUAUGUAACAGGACGCAUUUUUACAUAUUCAUAUAUAUUGUACAUGUAUUUUCUUACUAUUUGUUUACUAAAGUGAAAAAAUAGUCCGGAAGACUUACAAAAGGAAUUCUCCAUCAGCAUCAGAUAUCACUUCGGAAGCAUAAGAUAUUUAUUGUAUGUUAUUUUCGUAUUAUUUUUAAGUUUGUAUGAUUUUGCCAUACUUUCAUUCGAGUUCAAAAGUCAGAAUUCCAGUUCCAUUGCUGACGGUUCCUUGAAAUGGGCCUGCGCUCUGGAUCGCACCAAUGCACUGAGACUGAAUCCAGUUUUUGAAGAUUUACAAGACUCAAAGUUCAGAACUCAAAUUUCCCCGGAAACAAGAAGUUACCCAGUUUCAUCCUUGUUCGGCAAUUCUAUUUUCCUCUGGAAUCUUAUGCGUAGAGAGAGGAAGGAAAGUGUAGACCGAGCUCUGCUGUGGUUCUCCCCUCUCUCCAAGUAGUCUCCUCCACCCACAAUUAAUAGAAGACAUAUUCCUUUUUUCAAGAUUAACCAUCGGUAAAUCAGCUUUCUUAACAAAUCAGUCCAUAGCUUUUUCGCAUCUCCGCUGUGAAAAGUAUCAGAUCCACUUUUUAUUUUCCCCCAGUCGCUUAGACUCCUGAUUUUGAAGACAUUGAAAAGUAAUAAUCCCAAUAUAAACUGUUAAAAUGCAUGAAAAAGGAAAGCCUUCUAGGAAUUUUUUUUGUUGCAUAAUAUGGAUGCUCCACAAAUUUACAUGAAAGAAGUUGGUAUCAGAAUGACAUUAAAUCCUUUAAAUCGUUCCUAUUGAUACAGAACUGAAAUCAAAGUAAUAAUGCACAACAAUUAACAAGCCGUGUCAACUCUUGUUAAUUAACUGAAAUGCAGUCGUAAAAACUUCCUUAACUUGUUAAAUGGUACUUUUACAUGAAGGAAACUACAAAGGGUUUCCUAUUUUGUAUGUUUAAUAUCUAUUUUUGAAAGAGUUCUUCCGCUUCGAA